CUCUGCGGGUUGAUGUUACUCUAACUGAUGGAGGAGGCGUCGACAAUGGAGGCUAAAACCAGCCGGGCUGAUGGUGUGAGCGCUGUGAGUCAGUAACUUUAAUAUUAAACAUGAUAAAAAGCGACAAUUUAGGGAAUUAUAUCUGAGCUGGUGGGAGAGGAACCGCUGUGAAGAUAUCGGGCUGUUCUCGGAGACAAAGCCGAAACCGCGCCGCAUCCUCCGGUGUUAUUGUUGGAGCUGCAGGCCCGCCCAUACUCCAGAGCAUCUGUCGGAAACCCGGCUGCAGCAUACAAUACAGCACACAUCACAGCGGAGGUAGGCUCCUGUGAACAGUCAGAGUCCAGCCAGCCUGAUGAGAGGUGGAUGAGGAGAAGCCUUUGACUGCUGCUCACAAUGACCUUCCCUGUGUUAUUGUGUUGCCAGUAGCGCCACGGAUGCUACACAAUAACACCUGUCAUAUUAAUAACAACAAAUCCAACCGCCUAUUAUGGACUUCCCAGGUCAUUUCCAGCAUAUUUUCAAGCAGCUCAACCACCAGCGCCUCCAUGCCCAGCUGUGUGACUGUGUGGUGGUGGUUGGAGGCCAGAGCUUCCAGGCUCACCGCUCCAUCCUGGCAGCAUGCAGCUCCCACUUCAGGGCUCUUCUGAGCUCCAGUGACAGCGGUGAUGAGGUUGGAGCUGGCGCAGGUGGAGGCAGGGGCCCCAGUGUGAUGGAGCUAGAUCCAGAGGUGGUGACCCCAGAGGCCUUCUCCACCUUGCUAGACAUGAUCUACACCUCCACCCUCUCUCCAGGGGCCUCCAAUGUGAUGGAUGUACUGUUGGCGGCGUCGCACUUGCACCUCAACUCUGUGGUCAAGGCCUGCAAGCUCCACCUGUCCAGGAAAAACUUUCCCGCCUCGCCCCCGAAAGGUUGGAGGUCAGUGCAACAGCAGCAGCCGUCUUCACAGGCAGAGAGGUCGGCCUUGCUUCAACAGGUCACGUCCAUCAUGGAGGAUGAGGAAGAUGUGGCAGUUGAGGUUAGUCAGUCCGGUGGGGUUGACGACCAGGGGGUGAGGAGCAGAGAGGUCAGUGGCGAACAGAGUGCUGCAGCAUUUCUGAGGCACAAGAGGAAGUCAGAUGAGGAUGGGCUCAGUGACAGAAAGAGGUCCUGCAGGGGGCCUGAGGGGAACUAUAAGGAGUGUUCACCCACUGUAACCAGAAGCACCGUCAGUGCGGAGGAGGGUGGAGAGGAGCUGCUGUCGCCGGACAGCCUGAAGACGACAGACGGACUCUGGGAGAGCCGAGGCAAGGAGGAGGAGAUGGAGGAGAAAUAUGAAGCGACCAAGGGAGAGUCGGAUGAGAUCCAGCUGCCGAGCCAAUCGGACAGCAGCACGGGAGGUGUAGGUGUGUGGGAGAAGGGCGGAGAAACAGAUGGAGAGACUGUAGUCAAAGUAAAGGUGGGAGAUGAAGGGGAGGAAGAGGGAGAAGAGCCAAAGAUGGCAAUGAUUGAGGUGAAAAAGGAAAAUCUGACCUCAUGCUCCCCAGAUUUUCCAAACAAUUCUCCUCUAACGCCAACACAAGACUGCACAGACAAUUUUGAAGCACAGCUGAAUGAGGAGAAAAUGUCCACGGUGUGCCCAACAGAAGGUGACGUUACGUCUUUGCAGUCUCCGCUGUGCUCAGAUCUUCAAACUGAUGCACAGAGAGAGGCUGGAGAUUUGGGUGAGGAGUCAGUAGAUGGUGAAGGCCUUGACAGCCUGUCAGAACUUGCCUUUUCCUGCUUCCUCAAUCCCAGUAGUGAGAGUGUGAUGGGAGCUCUGGAGGAAGAAGACAGCCUAGCGAGCCUCACUGCUGCUGCCACAGCUGCUGCCGCCGCUGCCAGUGAUGCUCCUGCAGCUGCUGGUGAACUGUGUCAAAACUCAGAAGAAGCCUCAUCUGCUCAAUCCUCUGACUCCUCACUUGUUUUCCCAGUAACGUCCGUCCCCUUGCAGCAGCUUCUCCCAACUCAGGGCCCUGGUUUCAGCGACACGCUCAUCCUCCAGCCCACCCAGAAUUCUUUAGCAGGCUUCCUGAGUGGCAUCAGACCAGGCCUCGGUCUGGAAACCUCCCUCAUCCAACCCUCCAGGGCCGGUAAAAGCUCGGGGGCGACAACCUUCCGUCGCAUCGCCCCCAAAGUGCCACCCGGAUCAGAAGCCGGCACGGAUGGCUCCUCUUCUUCAUCGGCGGGGGAUGCUGCUGAGCGGCCGCCUCUAACCAGAGCUUCAGAGGAUGUUCUGUCCAAGUGCAAGAAAGCAGCUGCGGAGGACCACGUUCUGUUGGUGGAGGGAGAGAAGAAAUACGCCUGCAAAAUCUGCUGCAAGACCUUCAUGAACCUGACUGACUGUAAGAAGCAUAUUCGAGUCCACACAGGGGAGAAGCCCUAUCCCUGUCCCAAGUGUGGAAAGCGCUUCAGCCAGUCCUCCCAUCUGUACAAGCACUCGAAAAACACCUGCCUGAACUGGAAGGAUGAUCAGUCAUUCGCAGAUACCCUGCUGUGAGCUGCGGUUAUCUGAUAAGACACUUGUUUCGUCGCACAGCUUGACUCGGUUCUUUGAAAAACUGCACUCUGUGAAGUUGUUUUAUUUAUUACUCCAUACAGUUCCCUCAUUUUUUAUUUUCAUGUUGAAUUCAAAGUCAAUAAGCUACUGUAAUUUUUAAGUUUUUAUGUUCUCAACCAUGUUGU